AUGCGCAUCGCUUCCGUUAUAAGUCACACGCCAUUAUCUAUCGUCGGCCGCUAUCACUCAUUGGCACUUCAUGUCGCUUUCGCUCGCUCAUCGUCGCGUGCCUUACCAGGCUUGACCAAUAGCAAUCCCCUUGGGCCGACGAAUAUCUCGCUCACUGAGGACUACUUGAGUUAUCUCAUACCACCUAUAUUCACCCACUUCCCAUUCCUCUUCUACAGCGGUACUCUAAAGGAAACAUACUACUCGCAGCUUGCAAAUGCUAUAUUUUCAAAUGAUGAGGAUCCUGAAGUACGGCGCCUCUUCCAGACAAAGCCUGGUGCUUUGAUUAAGCCUGUCCAGACUCGGUUUGGAACGCUCAAAAGAAAAUACAAUGAAUUCAACAAGUCUCUCAAGCAGACAGGCGCCGGAUUGACAUACGAUGAACUACAGAAGAACCCACAGACCAAGACACUCAUCGAUUUGCAACUGAACAAAUUCCCAUGGUGGCUGGAUCUUCACGGUUGGUGGAGGACAAAUCCUGCCUACAACACUGUAUUCUCAACCGCUGACCUUGGGCAAAACCAUGAAUCCGCUGCAUUACAACACUUCCGUAUGCCUGACUGUGAGGACACACAACUCCCUGCCAAUGAAAAUGAACCAAAAGAGGAUGCUGAUAUCGAAGACGGGGAAAUUAUCGACAUGGGUGACAUUGACACAAAUGUCGACGCCUGUCAAGAAGAUAUUAACCCCAUUGACACCACUGAUGCAAAUGCUGCAGGACAAGUAGAUGAUGAUAUUGAGAUGGAACAGUCAGAUUGGUUCAUCCAUGUGCAACAAGCACCAACUUUCCCCGGCUCUUCAUCAUCAACCCUCGGUUUUUUUCAUGGUUCUACCUCUACAGGCUCAUACACUUCCUUGCCGCAUCUUCGCCCAUCCAUCGCUCCGAUCUCAACAUGUUAUUUUGACCAAGAUGCAAUAUCACUCAAUUCACCAGAGCCUCCACCUGAUGACCAAUCUGACAGCCAAUAUUCUUUUUUUUCAAGCUUCAAGGAACCAACUUCCAACCACAACACCACACCACAUGACUCUGACUCUGAUAUUAGCGCCAGCAAUGCAAUGAAUCGUUUGUGGGUUGAUUCACGUAAAGUGAGUCCUUGUCGAGGACAUCCGGGAUCACAAAUCAUGAAGCUAUCUGGAGGAACUACUCGUAGCACAUCACCUCAAUCACCUCAAGCUACCUUGUCCCGUCCUCCAUCACGUAAACGCGCCAACAACAAUCAAGCUUUGACUACUGCUGCUGCCGAGUGGCUCUCUGAAACAGCGCAGGUGCUGAUCCAGCAAGUUGGCGAAAAGCGUGAUGGUCGUGUCAAGCAUGAUUGUUAUAAGCGGAUGAAACUUGAGAGUGACAUGUGGGCUAAGGAACUCAAAGUGCGCAACGCUCAUGAUGAACGAGAACACACUUUGCGUCUUGCUGAGCAAGACCACUUACACAAACGUGAGCUCAUGGGUCACCAACUGGAGGAUGCAAGGCUUGAGCUUGAGCUCGCCUGUGCACGUCGAGAAGAGGAGGCAAGGAUUUGGCAUAUUGCAAUGGAGCGGGGCUUGCCAGACCAAGUUUGA